AUGUCAGACCUCAGCAAGAAGUUCCACAUCGCACUGGCCUCUCGGCUGGCCCCGAACCUCAGCGCUCCGGCAGUGGCAGCGGCGGCCUCACGAGCCUCCCCCGCGGGCCCGUCCCAUCAAAUCGGCACCGACCCGGUUGCGGCUCCGCCGGCGGCUCUUCGUUCACAUUCCCGGCGGGCGGCGCCUCUGCUCGUUGCACCGGACCCGGCGGCGGCGGCGGCGGCGGCGGCAGCGGCAGCGGCGACGCGGGGAGGGGGAGGAGGGAGAGAGCCUGGAUUUGCAGCGGCAGCAAGCACGGGAGUCGGGAGGAAGAGUUGGAGCCGCCUGAGCCGCCGCUGCCAGAGCCGCCGUUCGCUACCGGCGCAGGGUCCCCGUCAGUGCCCCUUUCUCUCUCCUAUUGUCAAUAUCACCGGGCGGCUGAGUCCAUGGCACAGGCGCAACCGAACCUCCUGGCUAGCAGAGCCCGCCUCCGACGCCCGCCCACUGGAGACUUCAAACGGGAAGCGAGACUUCAUUGGCCUCCGCGCGCCUUCACUCCCAGGCCAGCAAGUUCGGCUGAGAGCUGAUCGGGGAUUGGCGGCGCGGGGGGGCGGAGAAACAGGAGGGUGUGAAGAGACGGGGCCCUCGAUUGGGCGAGUCGCGGGGGACCCGGAUGCUACCGUGAGCUCGGGCGACCGGGCCGCCGCUUCCGCCAGGGCGCCUGAAGUGGGGAGCUGCAGUGUCUGCUAGGCCUGAGGGGAGCUCGGCGGGCGCACACAGGACUGGAGCUUCGGCCUGGCGGGACCCUGUGGACCGCGAGCGUCUUCACCCGGGAUUCCGAAGGACUCCGAAAUACCCAGCCCCCAGCUUGACAGAUUUUAAUUGACAGAGUCUGAAUUUAAACAGAAGACUUACCUCUAUCUAGACGAGGACUAAAAUGCGUAUAUGUUUUUGCAUCAUUGGUGAGCACUAGGCCAAAUGAUACAUAUCCAAAGAAUAUUCUUAAACCAUCAGUCAGUUUGAAUGCAGGCUACAUACAAUAGUUGAAGGAAAAAAAAUCCUUAAUACUAACUACAAAGAUCAAACUACCAGCUGCUCAAAAUUUGGAAAUCUGGGAGGGGAAAUACAGGAGAAAUAAUAAUACUCAUAAUCCAUAAGCUCAAGAUAACUACUGUCAUUUUGAUGUAGUUUUAGUAUUGUAUUUCGUAUAUAUGUAUAUACACACAAGUAUAUAUAUAUUUAUAUAUGUAUACAUAUAUGUAUACAUGCAUACACACAUGUAUGUAUAUUCUUUUUUAAACUCAAAUGCUUCAUGCUGUAGCCGAGUUUUUCUCUCGGUAUCAUGUCCUGUUCUGUAUAGUUAGGGAAUAUACAUUUAUAAAGCUCUCUGUGUCAGACCCACAAGUGCUAACAGUGCAUUUGCGUUUCAGGAUUGUUGCAAAUUUCUAUCCAGUUGGGUAGAAAAACAAUUCUGUGCUAUGAAAAAGAAUGUUACUACCCUGAACUGAAAUGGAAAAGACAGCUUAAAAGAAAGCAGGCUCCCCCUAUUGACUCCAGAAGACUGGAUGAUGGUGACUGUCUGGCCGAAUGUCCAUUUUUGCCCUAAUAAAAUUCAUUACCGUAUGCUGCAUACUUAUAUGGAA